AUGGAGCAAACCUGUCUAGUAGCCGUAGUGCUGUCUAUGGCCGUGAAAUCCCAGAGGAGUGGCGGAGAAGAUAAGAUGAACACAACAGGUUUUCCUUUUGUUGCGGCCUCUCCUAACUUCUCCUUUGCGAUCUCCCCUUUUCAUAUGACUUACUUCAAAAAAGCUAUUGAAGACAUGGCUUCUGAUAGUUUAAGAUGUGUUGCCAUCGCAUAUAGACCAUAUGAGGAUGCAGUUCCAGAUACUGAGGAAGAACUUGCUCACUGGUCUUUGCCAGAGGAUGGACUUGUUUUACUAGCCAUUGUUGGUAUCAAGGAUCCUUGUCGACCUGGUGUCAAAGAUUCAGUACAGCUUUGCCAAAAAGCCGGGGUUAAGGUAAGGAUGGUCACGGGUGACAAUGUCAAAACUGCAAAAGCAAUUGCUGUGGAAUGUGGAAUACUUAGCUCACUUGCUGAUGCUACAGAGAGAAAUGUCAUUGAAGGAAAAACAUUUCGAGCCUUGUCAGAUUCAGAGAGAGAAGAUAUUGCAGAUUCGAUAUCGGUUAUGGGAAGGUCAUCUCCCAACGAUAAACUAUUGUUAGUACAAGCAUUAAGGAGGAAGGGCCAUGUUGUUGCUGUAACCGGGGAUGGAACGAAUGAUGCUCCUGCACUUCAUGAGGCGGAUAUUGGUCUUGCUAUGGGUAUUGCUGGCACAGAAGUCGCCAAAGAGAGCUCUGAUAUCAUUAUAUUGGAUGACAACUUUGCUUCAGUUGUGAAGGUUGUCAGAUGGGGUCGGUCUGUUUAUGCAAAUAUUCAGAAAUUUAUCCAGUUUCAGCUGACAGUCAAUGUGGCAGCUCUUGUUAUAAAUGUUGUUGCCGCAGUUUCCUCUGGUGAAGUUCCACUUAAUGCAGUGCAGCUUCUUUGGGUAAAUCUUAUCAUGGAUACUCUGGGAGCACUAGCCUUGGCAACUGAACCACCAACUGAUCACCUCAUGGAUCGAACUCCUGUGGGUCGAAGGGAACCUCUCAUAACAAAUAUCAUGUGGAGGAAUUUGCUGAUACAGGCGAUGUAUCAAGUGUCGGUUUUGCUUGUUCUCAAUUUCCAAGGUGUACGCAUAUUGGGUCUUGAGCAUCAAAACAGUGAACAUGCUAUCAAAGUAAAGAACACUUUGAUCUUCAACGCUUUUGUUAUCUGUCAAGUAUUCAAUGAAUUCAAUGCUCGUAAGCCAGAUGAAUUCAACAUUUUUAAAGGAGUCACUAGAAACUUCCUCUUUAUGGGGAUAGUGGCAUUUACUGUUGUACUUCAGGUUAUUAUUGUUGAAUUUCUUGGGAAGUUCACUAAAACUACCAGGCUUAAUUGGCAGCAGUGGCUCAUUUCUGUCGUUAUUGGAUUCAUUGGUUGGCCUCUUGCCGUUGUUGGGAAAUUGAUACCAGUACCAGCAACUCCCAUCAACAAUGUUUUCUCUAAGAUUCGAAGAACUAAAAAAAGUGAAGAACCUGUGGCUUCUCAAUAG